AUGGGAGCCGGCGAUGACUAUCGCCACGCUAGCGACGAGGAGGAGGCGCUCAUUGUCUCCAAGACGAGGGAGGAGCUGCGAGCUAAUGAUUCCAGGAGAUUCUGGAUCGUGGUGUCGUUGCUGCUGCUCGUCUCGGUUCUAGGUCUGGGCUUGCUUUACUCCAGGGCUGGAGGAGGGAUCAUCACCAGGCAAGAGGAGUUCCCCUUAAAUUUCUUGGUGAUCGGCGAUUGGGGAAGAAAUGGGUUCUACAACCAGUCUCUUGUUGCUAGUCAGAUGGGCCGAGUUGGCGAGCUCCUCGAUAUCGAUUUUGUUAUCUCGGUCGGUGACAACUUCUAUAACACCGGACUAACCGGUGUUAAGGAUCCAAAGUUCACGACCUCAUUCAGCAGGAUUUAUACUGCUCCCAGCCUACAAAAGCCGUGGUACACAAGAGCCUGUGAGUCCUCCGUGGACUUGUUCUUCAUUGACACGACCCCCUUCAUUGACGAGUAUUGGAUGCCAAAUGCAACUCAAACAUUCGAUUGGCGAGGAUUGGCACCACGCCAAGAACAGCUCCGCUCACAAGUCGAGCGGCUCGACAGAUUGCUGGCGUCGUCUCGAGCAACCUGGAAGAUCGUUGUUGGCCACCACACGAUGCACAGCUUUGGACACCACGGCGACUCCGUAGAACUCCUCGACCAGAUUCUACCCGUAUUGGAGGCUCACGACGUUGACGCAUACAUAAAUGGCCACGACCAUUGUCUCGAGCACAUAAAACACUCGGACAGGUACGCAUAUGACCUUUCCAUUCCCGCGGAUCAUUCAUGUUCGGUAUGGCUUGUCUUUGCAGCAAGAUCACCUUCAUCACCAGUGGCGCGGGCUCCAAAUCCUGGCAAGGAAUCCGCCCCGCCACAGUUGCGAACGGCCUGCACUUCGCCUACGAUGGCCAAGGCUUCGUCUCGGCUUCCGUGGGGCGCAGCUCGUUUCUCCUAG